AUGCGUUCCCUCAUCAUCGCCCCCCUCGCCCUCUUCGCCCUGGUGGCGGGGGCGUCCGCGAUCCCCACGACCUCCGACUCCGACAUCGCCUUCUACCCAGGCUACGACAACGACUGGGACCUCAGCGGCGCCUGGAACGCCGACGAGGCCGAGUCCGAGCCCACGUCCACGUCCACCCACACCCUAGAAGCCCGCGGCAAGGGCCCCGCCAGCCACUGCACCCUGCAGAAGGAGUUCAUCGGCCGACAGAAGAACCUCAAGCGGAACAUCAAGUACCUCCGCGAGGUGCGCAACUCGCCUGCGCGCCCGAGGCUCGAGGCCGGGAAGUGCGCGAUGGUCGCGUGCUCGGGCGAGGGGUAUGAUUCCACUGUUGUGGAGUGGUGUAAUGAUAGCAAGAAGGCAAAGACGCUGCCUGGCUGGCAUAACAUUGCCGACGGCGCCCAGGUCAUCCUGGAUCAGUGCCAGAGUCCCAAAGACAAGGUUUCGGGGUACUUGGGUCACAACGAUGGGUGGCGCGUUCUCACUUAUGCUAAGCCUUGCUAUCUUAUUCCUGGGCCGCAGAACUGA